AGACUCCAAGUCCAGUUCAUCAGGGCUCACAUCUGUGGUCACCCCAGUCAGAAGUCACCGGAUAGCUGACCCAGUCAGAAGUCACUCCAAGUCCAGUGAACUUGAUUGAACAAUCACAUAACAUUGGGACGCAAAGCUACAGACGUUUAAAUAUAUAAUGCAGGUGACCACUAGAGGGAGGUGUUUCAUCGCUGCACACUACCCGUUGUCAGUGGAUUAAAUUGUUUCCACAGCAGCAGCUGCAAGAAAACACGCUAACUAUAUCAACACACGCAUCAGAGGUAGAGUUGACCCGAGGACAAUACUAAUGCACGUGUUCCCUUAAUAUUGUGCCAUUAGUGCAGUCAUUCAUCGGUGGUGGAGCACUGAUGGGCCGCUCAGCUGUGGGUACUUUGUGGUAAAGGCUUACACUUCUUAAGACAAUGUUGGUCAGCAGUGGGACUAAUGAGGUGACACUAAUACUCUGCUAGUGUCUACUAAUGCACAAGUAACGCUGAGGAGCCAUCGUCCCGCAAAACAUGGACAGAACAGAUAUCCUUUUAAUUAAACAUGACCUGAAGGGAAUCACCAUGCACCAGUGACUUUCUCUACUGAGAGGCCUCUCCGCCUCUCAGCUGCAGCAGAGGAAACAGCCACGCACCAUGAACUCUGUGAGGACGUACUCAGAAGCUACAAUAAAACUCUUUAGGCUCAUAUCAACAGGUUUAUUCUACAAAUGAAGAUGGCCACCGUUCCACAGGUGAGAAAGAAGGAAAACCGUCUAUCCAUUUACUCGCUCUCAUUUCCACAUUCCUUCAUCUCAUUAGUAUUCUGUUGUCAAACCGUAUUCAUGGUUCUAAAUAUGUCUCUGGCCACGUUUUGUGUUUUUGACCCCUCGGUGUAAACAACUCCCCGUUUAUCUUUACCUUCUUCAACUUCUUUUCCCAUAAUCCCAGGCUCUUCUUUAUCCUCACUCACCGCAGAUCUCUGAAACCCAGCGGUCUGGAUGACUAAGGGAAGAAUUGCCAGGCACGUAGCAUGGCUCACUCUGUCCACUCCUCCGGCUGGAGGGAGAUGACGAAUGGAGCAGGGCAGCCCCACUACAGCAAUGGAGGCCAGAGUGGGGGUCCGCACACCGCCACACGCUACAUGAUAAAGAAACAGCAGCGCUACAAACAUAGGUCUUCGUCACCAAUGGGCAGAGUCAUUCUCAUCAAUGCACCUGUUGAUGGUGGCGAUGAGAGUGAAGACAUUCACACGGUGACAGUAGAUAAGAGUCCUGACGGGCGUCUGGGUUUCAGUGUCCGCGGAGGGUCUGAACAUGGACUGGGCAUAUUUGUCAGCAAGGUCGACGACGACAGCUCUGCAGCGCUGGCUGGUCUGAGUGUAGGCGAUAAGCUGGUGGAGGUGAACGGCGUCAGUCUGGAGAGCAUCACCAUGAGCAGCGCUGUGAAGGUCCUGACAGGAAACAACAGGCUGAAGAUGGUGGUGAGAAGGGUCGGCAAGAUCCCGGGCAUCCGCUACUCCAAGGAGAAGACCACAUGGGUGGACCUGAUUCACCGGCGCAUGGUGGUGGAGGAGAAUGGACACACACCAUCAGAAGCCAGCACAGACAGCGCCCUCCGCAGGAUUGUGCAUCUCUUCACCACAUCAGACGACUACUGCCUGGGCUUCAACAUCAGAGGGUUCGGUCUGGGGAUUUAUGUUUCCAAACUGGACCCAGGCGGACUCGCCGAGCAGCAUGGCAUCAAAAUGGGUGAUCAGAUACUCGCCGCUAACGGCGUGAGCUUUGAGGACAUCACUCACAACAACGCAGUGGACGUCCUGAAGAGCCACACCCACGUGAUGCUGACCAUCAGGGAAGCUGGCAGAUACCCUGCCUACAAGGAGAUGGUGGCUGAAUACGGCUGGCUGGACCAAUCAGCCAAUGGCGGACGUCCGUCGUCGUGUCACGGAUCGGACUCCAACUCGUCUCUGUCCUCCCUGUCCUCCAACACCCCGCUCAGCUCCCUCAGUGGACUCUCCCAAGUCCUGUUCCCACCCAUCUCUGGCUCAGAGCUGGUGGACGUUGCCAUCGCUACAGAAGACCGCUACCAUCGUGCAAGCAGUGCUGAGAGGACUGCUGACACUGCCAUACAGACUGACCCCCACCCACCGUCCCACUCUGAACGAUCUUUUUAUAACGGAUCCUACCCAGACAGCCUGGUCGGAACAGAGACCAGUCGAACCGUAGGUGCCACAGUUCUGCUGAAAGACACUUUGAUACAUGGGAAAGGUGAAGGACCACGGCAGGUGGUCAGGGCCGCAGAGGGAGGGCGGGGCCACACAUGGACACAGUCAAAUGGGGACCACGGAGUCGGGCCACAGUCGCCGAAGACGGCUGCGCUGAUGGCACUGAGCGAACCACGGAAACCCAUCAGACGUUCCCAGAGCCACAUUACUCCAUCAGAAGAGCGACAGAAGAAGCAGCAGCAGAAAGAGAAGAAGUCGACGGAGGACAAAGUCAACCUGAAACGCUCCAAAACCUCCAUCAACCUGUUUAAGAAGGAGCGUAAAGAGAAGAGCUCCUCCAAGUCUCCGUCCAACGCUGACAAAGGUAAGGAGCGGAGCCGUCCUUUUCAUCUCUUGACCUCCCCUAAGGAAUCCCGUGCCGGGGUUAAAGACAGGAGCCCCCAGCCCCGACCUGAGACGCUGCAGCACGUGGAGGACGUGGCAAGGAAACUCCUCAUUGAGGACGAGGUUGUGGCCGUGAUGAGACACUGUCAGAGGUUUUUGUCUGACAAUGUAAUUGAAGAUUUGGUGCGCCCCCUUCUGGCCAUCCUGGACAGGCCAGAGAAACUGCUUCUGCUCAGAGAGAUAAGAAUGUUGAUACCAACGUCUGGGCUGGGGCGGUUUGACAGCCUGGUCAUUCCCUAUGAGCUGGAGGCGUAUGACAAUCUCAAGAAUCGCACCAUGCGUUCUACAGCUCUGCGCUCCCCUCGUCACGGAACCCCUCGACGUCACCUCAUCACCCCAGUUCCAGACUACGGGGGCAGGUUCCACCUGCAGCCAGUCCACGACUCCCUGCAGGACUUCCAGUUAAUGGAUGAGAUGGAGAGACUUCAUUUGUCAGGACAUCAGUCAGGUCACCUUCCCUCUCCCUCCCGCGUCUUCACCCCCCUGCUGGAUGUGCCAGUGGACGGCUACUCCCCUUCAACUCUACGCUCUCGCUCCCCAAGUCCCUCGCCCAACCACAGCCUCCAACGCGGACGUCAACAGAGUCGCUCGCCACAGAGAGGAGAGAACGGCAGUUCACACUACGACGGCGCCUCCUUAUUGUCUGUGCACGACCGCACGGACGCGACUCUCCAACGAGGGAGGUCACCCGUAAGGAAUGGCCACGGGAGAGAAAGGAGGGAGGCGAGUCCUGACAGCGUAGACGGCAGAUGGCAGACCAGACCGGACGGUUUCACGGAGGUCAGCGUACGCGUUCCCUCACAGCGCAGAGGCAGAACUCCCCUGGCCGAGGUAUUUGAACCCACAGGAGACAGGAGUGUGUCCACGGGCAGAGGGAGCGGCUCACAGGUCAGCAGACCUUCACAGAAUGGUGAGAGAAGAAGAACAACGCUGCCCCCUGAGGAGUAUGACGUCAGCACUCUGACCAUUUCAAAGGCCAAGCAGUCACUCGGUAUUAGUAUAUCUGGAGGCGCAGAGUCAAGGAUCCAGCCAAUGAUAAAGAUUGAGAAAAUCUUUCCAGGAGGAGCAGCGUCGACCAAUGAGGCUUUGAAGGCAGGAUACGAGCUGUUGUCAGUGGACGGUGAGAGUCUCCAGGGAGUCACUCACCAACACGCAGUGGCUGUAAUCCGCCGUGCAUUCAGCAACAGAGCCAAAGAUCACAUGGUCUUCGUGGUCAAGGUCCCUGCCGACCCGGACCGACCCAGGAGACUUGCUAAGUAACGGCUCACCGCAGGACCGCA